AUGAAUGUAAUACGCAUUAAUAACUAUAUUAGCUCAUAUUCACAUCAACGUUUUUCAACAAUACCACGUUAUUUGUUGAAAAAUAUAGGUUCGUCACCGUCAUAUGUUCAUUAUCAUGGACAAAGACUACCAACAAAUUACUUGAGAAAUCGUUCAAUAAUUCCUACAAUAAAUUAUCGUUUGUUUCAUGUAUCAUCGAUAUGUUAUGAAGAUGAAUCAAAAGUUGAAAAAACAGUGAAAAUAUUAAAAAAAGAUCAAGAGCAAAGUACCAAAAAAGCACAAUCACAACCGGCAAUGUCUUAUGAAUUAGCAAAACAACUGGAUUUACCAACAAGCAAUUUUACGAAACCAGUUGAACCAAAUGCUGAAAUGUUUUUACCAGCUAAACGAAAAACAUUGUGGGGAAAAAUAUGGUCAGAAUUGAAACACUAUUAUAACGGAUUUAAACUAUUAUUUAUUGAAACGCGUAUUGCAUUUCGACUAUUAAAACAAGUUUUAAGUGGACAUUCAUUGACGAGAAGAGAAAGAAGACAGUUUACUCGUACAGCUGCUGAUUUAUUUCGUCUUGUUCCAUUUUCUGUAUUUAUUGUUGUACCAUUUAUGGAAUUUACAUUACCAUUAUUUCUAAAAUUCUUUCCCAAUAUGUUACCAAGCACAUUUAAAGAGAAAGAUAAAGAACAAGAAAAAUUAAAACAGCAGUUGAAAGCAAAAUUAGAAGUAGCUAAAUUUCUUCAAGAUACACUUGAAGAAACUGCAUUAAAAACAAAUAAAAAACAAACAGAUGAUGCAAUGACAGCACAAUUUGGUGAAUUUAUGGAAAAGAUUCGUUCCACCGGUGUUCAACCAUCCACCGAUGAAAUCAUGAAAUUUUCUUCAUUAUUUGAAGAUGAAUUAACAUUAGAUAAUUUAGAUCGUCCGCAAUUAGUUGCAUUGUGUAAACUAUUGGGCAUAUCCACACUUGGACCCGAUUAUUUUCUUCGUUUUACUCUUCAUAUGAAAUUAAGAAAUUUAGAAGCAGAUGAUAAAUUAAUUCAAGCUGAAGGUGUUGAUAGUUUAGAUGUUGAUGAGUUACAAAUAGCAUGUCGUGAACGUGGUAUGCGUUCAUUAGGUGUUAGCAUUGAACGUUUACAAUCACAAUUAAAACAAUGGCUUGACUUACAUCUAAAUUCGCGUAUACCCUCCACACUGCUGCUAUUAUCACGCUCACUCUAUCUACCGGAAACAAUAACACCAGAAAACGUUCUGAAAGCAGCUAUUCAAGCUUUACCAAAAACAUUAGAUAAUGCGACAGCUGUGAAAAUAGCUGAAGUGAGUGGUGAACGUGUUGAUAAUACCCAACGUAUAGAAGCAAUUAAACAAGAAGAAAAAGCUAUUAGAAAAGAAAAAGAAGAAAAAGCGAAAGAAAAAUUGAAAGAGACAACGCCAGCAGUGCCAACAGAAGAAGAAAAGAAGAGAAAAAAACUCGAAGAACAAGUUAUUGUACCUACAACACCACUCGAUAUACCGAAGGAAGAAAUUCUAGUUGAUAAGGCACCAAUAUUAGAGGAUAAAGCAGCGAAAAAAGACGAAGGAAUUGAUAUUACACAAUUUGAAACCGCUUUGGAACAAUUAGUUAAAGAUAAAGAGAAAGAAGUUGAUGUUCAUGUAGCUGAAAUCAAAGAAUUAAAAGAUGACGUUAAAGAAUACAAAGAUGACGUUAAAGAAUUUGAAACAUUAGCAGCAACAAAACAAUUGAAACAUUUAACUGAAACACGUUCUGCAAAACAUUUAUCUAAACGUAUCGACAAACUCGUCACUGAUUUAGAUGGGAUUGUUAACACGUUAGAUAAAAAACAAGAUGUUUUAAUUAAAGAUAUUAAAUCUGAAGAAGAUACUUUGAAAGAUGAAGCGGCACUCAAAACUGAUUUGAUACAACAACAUAAAGAUUUCUUAUCACAGAAAAAAGAUAAAUUGGUAACAACACAAGAAUUGGUAAAUGCAAUUCGUCAAAUUCAGAAAAUGUCCAGUCAAGCAUCAGAAGCAGAAAUGGAGGAUAUAAUUCAACAGUUUGAUCCUGACAGAGAUGGUUAUAUUCAAGUGGAUGAGAUAUUAAAAGCACUUGAAUUGAUUGCAUCAGAAAAAGUGAAAAUUUCCAAACAACAUUUGAAAGAAGUUAUCGAUUUAGUAAGAAAAGAACAUAUUGUCGAAGAAAAAGAGAAAAAAGAUGAAGCUGAAUUAAAAUUAAAAUCUAUCACUGCCGCUAAUGAUAAAUUAUCACAAAAAACGAACAGUAUCAGUGAACAAACAACAGCAGCAGGAACAAAAAAAUGA